AUGUCUCCCUAUGAAUACUUGUUCAAAUACAUAAUAAUUGGCGAUACAGGAGUUGGAAAAAGCUGUCUUUUAUUACAAUUUACAGACAAGCGAUUUCGAGCUGAUCAUGAUUUGACUAUAGGUGUAGAAUUUGGGGCGCGACUAAUCAAUUUAGACAAUAAGCAAAUCAAGCUUCAAAUAUGGGACACCGCCGGUCAGGAAUCCUUUAGGUCCAUAACACGAUCAUACUAUCGGGGAGCAGCGGGGGCCCUAUUAGUUUAUGAUAUUACUCGACGAGAAACGUUCAACCACCUAAACAGAUGGCUAGAUGAAGUUCGACAGAAUUCAAACCCACAUAUGGCUAUUAUUCUGGUGGGGAAUAAAUGCGAUUUGGAGAGAAGAGAAGUUUCAGCUGAGGAAGGGGCACAAUUUGCUAGACAAAAUGGAUUAAUAUUUUUAGAAACUUCAGCCAAAACGGCGAAAAAUGUGGAAGAAGCCUUCAUUUACACCGCAAGAAAAAUAUAUGAUAACAUCUUGGAGGACGUGUAUGACCUAAGCAACGAGUCAUACGGAAUUAAAUAUGGGCCCACCAGCCAAUACUCAAGGGUGAAAUUAGACAUGCCCUCGAUGCCGGAAUCAAGAUCAUCCUUCGGCUGUUGUUAA